ACCCUAGUUUGAGAAUGGGGUGGGGGCGUGAGAAUGAGGAAGGAAAUAUGCUUAGGGAGGGGCUAGCUACCAGGAUGGGGCUUGAGACUGACUGACUAAUACAGGCAGGAGCAAAACCUGGUAAUUGAGAUUGAAGCAGCAUUGGAGAGCCAGCCGCCACCAUCCUAGCAGGAGCAAAACCAGGCCAGGCACCAUGACUCAAGCACCUAACAGCACCUGCUCACCGAGGAUGUUGGUGAGAGCUGGCAAAACCCUGAGCCAGUACCAGGAGGAGUAUCUGUGGCCUGUGCUAGUGGUGGAGUUCCUUGUAGCUGUGGGGGGCAACGGCCUGGUCCUCUACCGCUUCAUUUCCCGGGAGCAGCGCCCUUGGCAUCCGGCCAUCAUCUUCUCAGCCCAGCUGGCCAUUAGCGACCUCUUCUAUGCUUUCUCUCUGCCCGCCCUGGUGGUCUAUUUUUAUCCACCCAAAAACUGGAGCUUCGGGAAGGCUGCCUGCCUGCUUGACCACUUCCUCUUCAACUGCAACCUUUACAGCAGUAUUUUUUUCAUCACUUGCAUAAGCCUCAAUCGCUAUCUUGGCAUUGUGCACCCCUUCUUUGCCCACGGCCAUGUGCGACCCAAACACGCCUGGGCCAUAAGCCUGGCUGGCUGGGGCCUCGUAGCUGCCCUGGCAGCCCCUACCUUCAAGUUCUCCCACCUUGUCUUGCCCCAAAACGGCACAAUACAGUGCUAUGUGAAUCAGUCCGAAGGCUGUACCAAAUGCCUGGGGACUGCUGAAGACGACCACGUACCAAACUACUGGGUCUACAGCCUGGUGCUGGCGGUGCUGGGUUGCGGCCUGCCCUUCCUGCUCACCCUGCUGGCCUAUGGCGCCAUUGGCCAGGCCAUCCUGACUAAUCCCAACAUAACUAGGCCAGAGAAGGUCAAGGUGGGCAUGCUAGUGGUGGGCGGGGUAGUACUCUAUGCCAUGUCAUACAUCCCAUACCACAUCAUGCGCGUCCUCAACGUCCAGGCCCGCUGGCAAUGGCUGAAACACUGCAGCAGUUUCACAAGUGAGUCUCAGGCUGUGGCUGCUCUGGACCUUGGUCUGUACCUGGGCUACCAGGUAAGCAGGGGACUUGUGCCUCUUGCCAUGUGCCUCCACCCACUGCUCUACACGGCCGUGGCCUCAAGCCUCCGCUGCCCGAGACUCUGUGGGGGAGCCAAGAGUGAGGAAAUCUCUCUGAGGCCCCACUGACUCUUGGCAAAAGGACAUCCAAGAUCACUUCGUGACUAGCUGGUGAGUGAAAGGGGAUGGCAGCAAUGGGGGGGCAAGGAAGGCGGUGCAUCCCUCUUCACCCCAUGCCCUCAAAUUGCUGUGCCAGACUGAUAGGAGAAUUAAGGAACUAUACUUGGAACCUUUGACUCUCCUGUUGGAACUCUUGCCUGUUGCUAACUGGUUUCUUUCCCCAUCUACCCCCCAGUUUGCAGAUAUAGUGCUAUCUGCUAUUAAUUCCCUGAUCCAACAAGUGGCUAGUGACUAAAAUAAGACACCAACUCCUUGGGGAGGAUCACAAACUUUCUUCCCCUUAAUUUCCUCUAUUCUCUUAAGCAUUCUAGUUCCACCCAAACUGAACUGCUAAAGAUUCGUUGCACUUGACAAGCCACUUCCCUGCAUUUGUGAAGUCCAUUUUGCUGGGCCAGAAU